UCCGGAUCUCUCUCCCCUCACCCGCGCCCCUCUUCCCUUCCCCUUCUCUUCUUCUCUUCUUUCCUCUCUUCUCCUUCCUCGCUCAGCACUCGACCCCUCUCCAUUUCCCCUUCUCUUUUCUUCUUCUUCUCCAGCAACGCAGCCCCCCCUGUUCCACGCACGACCCGGCGCCCCUUCUUCUUCUCUUCUUUGUCCUCUUCGGUCACGCCUAGCCAGCAGUCCUUUCCCCUUUCUUCUUCUUCUUCUUGUCAUCUCUCUCCAUCACACACACCCUCCAUCCCAUGAGAGACCGAUCGAGAGAGAGAAUUGGUGUAGGCUCGAGAACCCGUCGAACCUAAUGAACCAAACCGUGAGAUAGGCCCGAUCCUCCAGUUGUCCGGCCAGUGGUGGUGUGAUUUUGAAGUUUGGUGGUCAGGCCACUGCCUGGGUGUGGUGGUAGCAGCUGGGCCAUGAACUUCGGCCCUUUUUCUGCUGAUGUUCCUUUGGCUGCAAGUACUUCGGUCGUAGUGAUGGUGUAUAGAUGAGCACAGGGGAUAUUAUGACCGAAGCUCGUCGCGAUGGUCAUAAUUGCCGGACUAUGGGCGUCCUCUAUUUUAUAGGUUUUGUUUAUGGCUUGUGACACCUGUGUCACUUGUUAUUGUGUAAAGUCAUCUCUGUUAUGUAAUUAUAUUGAGGAAAGACUUAAACAGAUAGAUGUUAAAUGACUCUUGUUAUUAAUUUAUGAUAGAUGUUUAAGAUGUGAUUUCCGCUAAUAGGUUUAUGUUUUCCAUUACAUAGUAGUUAGAUGUUGUACUCUGGCUUUGUGACACAUCGUCGUGCCACUGUGAAGAUCCAUUUGUAUUUUAAGAGAUUAAUGUUUAUGAAAUGUUUUCUAUAUAUAUAUAUAUAUAUAUAUAUAUAAAUGGGUCGUCACACAUGUACCCUCCCCUGAUCCUCCUUCUCCCUCAUAACCACUUUCCACUAGUCUCGGCCCUGCCUCAGCUCAUUCUGCUAACCCAGUGCAUAUUUUGGAGCCCCCUUAAUUCCCCUUUACCCUCCCCUGAUCCUGCUUAUGUUCCUGACAAUGCUUAUACCUCAGAACCCUCUUCCCUUCAACCCGAUUAUGCCUCAGCUCCUGCUCCGACCUCUCAUUCUCCUUUUGCAUUACCUCCAAGUUCCCCUAUUGUGCACCCCCCCUCUUGAGUCUCAUGACCCCACUAGCACACUUCCUUUGGCUCCUGUGCUACCUCUAGUGCCUUCUCAGUCCUGACAUCACAUGCUUACCAGGUCCCAAACCAACUCAUUGUAGCCUAAGCUCUUCUCGAACUAUCACCUUUACUCCACCAAAUAUCCUCUUCUGGCCUUCACCACUAUCACCCUCCCUACUGAACCCAAGACCUAUCUCCAAGCUGUGAGGCAUCCCCGGUGGCUUGAGGCUAUGCAAGCUGAGUACCAUGCCUUAAUGACCAAUCAGACUUGGGCUUUAUGUGUUCACCCGACUCAUCAAAAGGUUAUUCAGAACAAGUAGGUGUUCAAACUUAAACAGAAGGCUGACGGCACCAUUGACAGAUACAAGGCCCGCCUUGUUGCCAAAGGGUUUGAUCAGGAAGAGGGGGUGGACUUCCAUGAGACUUUUAGCCCGGUUAUUAAACCAGCCACCAUUUGGCUGGUUUUGGCUCUUACUGUGCACUUUCAUUAGGUCAUUCACCAACUAGUUAUCUCCAAUGCUUUCCUCCAUGGUUACCUUGAAGAGGAGGUUCUUAUGGAACAACCUAAAGGAUUCGAGGAUCCUCAAUUUCCUGACCAUGUGUGCAGGCUUUAGAAGUCAAUCUACGGCCUAAAACAAGCACCACGGGCUUGGUUCAUGUGACUUUCUCAGGCCUUACUUGAAUUCGGUUUUUCUAGCUCUGCUGUUGACACUUUUCUAUUUAUGUUUCAUCAUCAAUCUAUUCAUGUGUUUGUACUAAUCUAUGUGGAUGACAUCCUUGUCUACAGCAAUUCUUCCUCUACUGUUUUAGGUCUAAUCCACUACCUUCAACAUAACUUUCCAGUCAAGGAUUUAGGGCCCUUACCAUAUUUUCUUGGCAUUCAAGCUUCUAGACAGUUGCAUGCUCUCUAUCUCACCCAAAGCAAGUAUGUUACUAAUCUUCUUCGUAGGACACACAUGGAUGGUGCCAAGCCUACCUCCACCCCAUGCUCUACUGCCAGGAAACUAUCACGUUUUGAUGGUGAUCCACUCAGUGACCCUUCUGAGUACAGACACAUUGUAGGGGCACUACAAUACUGCACCCUUACACGCCCUGAUAUUGCCUACAGUGUCAACCAGCUCUUUCAGUUGCUUCACUCCCCCACCACCAUUCACAUGGUUGCUGCCAAGCGAGUUCUCCGAUACUUGAAGGGUACACUGGAUUUUGGCCUCCAUUAUACCAGUGGAUCCCUGCAACUUAAUGGCUACUGUGACUCAGACUGGGCUGGGAGCCCUGAUGACCGCAAAUCGACCACAGGUUAUGGGAUUUAUCUUGGAUCUUGCCUCAUUUCUUGGGCUGCCAAGAAGCAAUCGGUGGUUGCCAAAUCUAGCACCGAAGCUGAGUAUUUGUCCAUGGCUCUGGCAUUUGCUGAAAUGUACUGGAUUCGAAUGCUAUUUAAAGAGCUCUAGGUUCCCUUGCUGCACACCCCCUGCCUUUGGGUUGACAACCUUGGAGCUCUCUCCCUCUCCUUUAAUCUCGUGUUCCAUGCUCGCAUGAAACACAUAGAGGUUGACUAUCACUUCAUCCGUGAGAAGAUCUUCAACAAAGACCUCUUUGCCCGUUACAUCUCUACUCACUCUCAACCUUCGGAUAUUUUUACCAAGGGACUUUCCAAGACCCGGUUCCUCCUCCUUCGUGGCAAGUUGAUGGUUGCUUCUCUCCUUAUCAACUUGAGAGGGGAUGUUAAGGAUAUGCUAUCUCAUUCCUCAAUCAUAGAGAGCUGUCGAGUGAAUCAUGCAGUAGAUCAUGCUGCAGAUUCUCAUGCAGCUAAUCAUGCUGCUUGCAUAUCAGGAAAGGAAAGCCUUAAUGACACAACGCAAUCCAUGCAACGUCUUUAAACCAGAAAGGAAAGCCUUGAUAACACAGGGUUUCACACAAGGCAAGGCUGCCAAUCCUAGCCGUGCAGAUCAUUUCAAUUAUAAACUAAGCUGAUUCUAUGCAAUGUAAUCAAUGCAUAUUUUCCUUCCUUAGCACACCGACAUACCUAUGUAUAUUCAGAGUUCCUUACAUUGUAAAAUCAUUGAGAAUAAUAAUUCAAAAGCUUUAUUUCUCAAACUUUUCUAAGGUUAUUUCUAUCCUGUUAUUUGAUACACUAUUUUUAGCAUUA